AUGCGAAACAAAUUAAAUCGUGGAAUUCAAAAAGAAAUUGACCUAAAUUCAGUUUCUGCUUCAACUUCUUAUACAAAAGAUUAUAUUUACAAAAUGGAAGGAUUUACUAGCAGGUAACCAUUUUUUUUUAUAAAAAACAUUUUCAUCCGAUGUUUAUUUAUCUAGACCAAUUUACGGCUACCAAGAAGAAGAAGAGGAAUUCGUCCGUGUUUAUUUUUCAUCGCCUUGGUAUCUUCAAAAAGCCACACAAUGUUUGGGAAAAGAAGUUCUACAAAAAAGUGUUUUUCAACCAUUCGAAGCCCAUUUGCCAUUUCAUUUACAGUUUUUUGUUGAUAAUUCAAUUUUUGGAAUGGAUAAUGUUUUUGUGAAAAAUGUAAAGUUCAGAAUUCCUGAAGAUUUGGCUGAUUUAGAUGAUCAGACUAUUAUUUAUAAGGAUCUGACAAUUGGAGAUAUUCGAAAGAGGAAAUCGGAAUUAUUAUCGCCUUUGGGAAAAAUGACACAAUGUUUAGUUGAAUGUGAUGUGAAUGUUGAGGAUAUUUUGAAUCGCGAAAUGCAGAAAGAUAAUGAAUUCUCAUCGAAUCCUGGAUUGGAUUAUAUUUGGAAAGAUGAAAAAGAAAGAUGUGAUAAAAUUGGAAUUGUUCUCGAAGAUGUUUUCAAUUCUUGUUAGUUUUUAAAAUGAACAGGGGAUUUUCUUUUACUCCAAAACUUUGAAUAUUCAGAAAUUAAAUGUUUUUUGUUUCUACAAAAUUUGGAAAAAAAAUCCUAGAUUAACUACAGUACUCUGAACUCCAAAAAUUUUAAUGUACUUGUGAAAAUCAGAUCCUUAUUUUCGGAACAUAAAUCUCAACUUUAAAAAUUAGAAUUUCCAUCUGAAAAAAAUUCAAAUUUUCCAGACGACCCUCGCCCAUCUCAAAUUCAUCCACAAGAACGCGAAAUGAUCAGAUCUGCUCGACAAAUCGCCAGAAAACUUCGACUUUCACGAAAUCUUCCAAGUCGACUUGAUCAACUCAUGGAUUCUCAACAAAGUCCUGAAGAAAUCGAUAUUCAGAAUCAAACAAUUUGGGAAAGUCCGCAAGAAUUUGGGAGUCAGGGAAAUCAGGAAGGAAUAGAUGAGGAGGAGGAUGUGUUGAAUCGAACUCGAGAGGAUCAGGAAGAUCUGGAAGAUCAGAAGGAGUUAGAAUUGGAAAUGACAAUGUUGGUGGAUUCACAGAAAAAUCGAGACCAGGGAAAAGUUCAAGAAAGAGAUCAAGAUCAGGAUUCUGAAGAAUCUGAAGGUGAAGAAGAUCAAGAGGAAGAUCUAGAAAAAAUUGAGGAACAUCCUAAACAGCCUGAAAAAAUCGAUAAACUUGAAUGGAUUACUGCUCCAAGUGCAUUCCGCCAGAAAUUCCGAACCGCUGAACAUGGCAUAGAAAAUCAUCGGGAAAAUAUUCGGGAGAAUCAGAAAAAUUGGGAUGAAGAUGAGAUUUUGAUGGACGAAACUGAAGCUGGAUAUGAAAUUGAAGUUGAAGUUCAAACUGGGAGUCGAGAGAAAGAGGAAACUUGUAGCCGAUUUUUGACACAACAAACAUCGAUGGGUGAGAUUUGGGAAGAACAUUCAGAAAAAAAAAUAAAUUUUUGAACGUGAACUUUGACGUGGAAAACCACGUAUUUCAUUUUAUUUCCAAAAAUUGAUUUUCUGUCAUUCUUGAUUUUUCUAUUUUACAAACUGGCUGACAUUCUUUUCAUGUGAGUUUCAGUAACUGAAAAUGUGUGAUUUCAAAGUACAUUUUUUGAUCUCGAACCAAAUUUUGACGAAAGAUCUGAAAUUUGUCAGAAGUUUCAUUUUUAACAGAAGAAACCCUUCAAACCAUUCAAAUUCUCCUGUUUUUCCAGAAGAAUCCCCGUCUGACAAUGAAGAAUCCGACAUCAUCGGCCUGUGUACAAUCAGUCUCGAACUUCUCAUCGACACCCAAUCCGAAAUGCCAAAUCCAAUGUGCGAUCCAAUUAUUUGUGCAUCCAUCGCAAUUUAUCCAGAUGUUUGUAGACAAAACGGACCGACAAAACAUGUCAUAAUUACGAGUUUGAGAGAAUUGGUGAGAUUUAUUGUUAGGAUCUGAAAUUCCAUGAACCAAGCCUAUUUUUGAAAUUUUAAGAUGUUCUACUGUAUGCAUUUUUCAUAUUUCUUACUCUCUCACAAACAAUUAUUCCUUCUAGGAAAAUGUCGAGUUUUGUGAAGUCGCCUCUAGCGAAAUUGAAAUCUUUGAAAAAAUUCGAGAAUUAUCCCUCAAAUUCGACGUUGAUAUAAUGAUUGGCUAUGAUAUCAAUCGACUUUCUUGGGGAUAUUUUUGGAUGCGCGGAAAAUAUUUGGGACUGAAUUUGGCGAUGGAUAGAAUUAUGUUCGAACAAGGAAAACAUCAGGAAGAUGAAAGACAUUUGGGAAAAUAUUCGAAUUUGAAUCAGGAAAAAGAAGUGAGAACUCCGAAUGGUCGAAUUCUUGUAGCUGUUUGGCGAGUUAUCCAAUCUGAUUUGAAAUUGAGAAGUUAUGAUAUUGGAACUGCUUGUUCACAAGUUCUUCGAAGAAAAAUUCCGAUCUUAGACAAUUCGACCCUCACAAAACGAAUCAAAAAUCCAAAAAACUGCAAAGAUGUUGCGAUUCACCUUCUUAAACUAGCUCGAAUAAAUAUAUCUCUUCUCCGAGAGCUCAAUUGGUUUUUCAAAAAUGCUGAAAUGGCGAGGGUUUAUGGUAUUCAGUUCCAGGAAGUUUGGACAAGAGGAUCACAGUUGAGAGUUGAAUCAAUGUUGUUGAGAAUGGCGAGGAAAAUGAAUAUGGUGGCACCGAGUAUUACGCCGAUUCAGAGGAAUUUGUGA